AUGGCCUCGCUCCUCGGCCCCGGUAAGUGCGGUGGGAACGGGGAAGGGGCAGCCCCAGCCUGGCCGGGACCCUCGUUUCUCCCCGUCCCUCCCUGCCGCUCCAUCCCCGCGGGAUAUCCCCGCGCUGGUACCAGUCGGGUACCACUGCUCGGAGAGCAUCUGCAGGAGACUGCUGACUGUCUGCGCUUGAGGGAGCAAUGUAUAAAUGCUGCAAAUGGAUGUGAGACUGUCUGGAAUGUUGUUGAAGAGGCCUGCAAUAUUUCAGGUAAUAGAUGCAAGGCAGAAGACACUGUUGGAUGUAAUAGAAUCAUCCAGUUCCUGGCUGACGAAUACCCAGAAUUUAGAAACUGUGUCUGCACUACAGAUGAUUUCUGUAGCAUCACAACUUUGCUUGGGAAACAGUGCAGCAUUAAUAGAGAAUAUUUGGAAUCUUUCUCGGGAUCAGACACUGAGGUGAGUUCUAGGCAACACAGAAGCUCCAAAGCCCAAAGGCACUCAGAAGACCUAGAGAAUGACUGCAUUACUGCAAGACAACACUGUCGAGAGGACCCUUACUGCUUUGAGGUGUAUAAGAGCUUCCAACGAGCUUGCCAAGCAGAUGCUGCAAAAUGCAGGUUGCCAAUAGUCAACCAGGAGUGUUUGUCAGCAUGGAAAGAACUGAGGAAAACUGUGCUGGGAGAGUGCAAGUGCUCAGAGCCACUUCAGAUGAGAUGCAUUAAGAUAUGGAAGAGAAUAUUUAACAACCCAUGUUUACAAUACUCUCAAGAGAGCCAAGCUUUAGCAGCUAGUGAAAGUGGUGGUGAUGAUGAUGAUGAUGAUGACUAUAAUGCUGAUGUGGAUGAUGAUGAGAAAAAUCAGGAUAUUGACAAAGACAAUAUUAGUACAGAAACAAAAUUACAAUGGAAUUUAUCUGCUCUCCCCAAACAAUCAUACACCACAAACAGAACCUGCUUGGAUGUGAACAAGGAGUGCAUUGAAGAUCAAAUAUGUAACAAACAGUUGUCCCUGUACCUUAGAGUUUGCUCAGUAAAUAAGUGCAAUGUGGAAGAAUGUCAAGCAGCCAUCAGGUUCUUCUAUCGUAAUAUGCCUUUUGAAGUUGCCCAAAGGAUGAUAUUUUGUGACUGUAUCCAGCAUGAUGAAUCCUGCCACAGAGCCAAAGAACUUCUCCAUGGCAAACCCUGUGCAGCUACUGCAGUUCCACCCCUGUCAUGUCUGGAUGUGAUCCACAUGUGUGAAGAGAAUAAAUUGUGCAGGAAAAAAUACACAACUUUUCACUCAAAGUGUUGGAGACAUGUGACAAAAAAAUGCUAUGAUGACGAAGCUUGUCUUGAAACCUUAAUCAAGGAUGACAUUCCCUGUUCUGCAAACGCUGAUUGCAAAGCAGCCUAUGUCAGCAACUGGGGCACGAUGCUGCACAUGGAGUGCACCUGCCAGAAUCUGCCUCAUGCAGAGCAAUCCUUGUGCAAGCUCUUCCAUCACAUGCUCCACAGCAAAUCCUGCUUCAGUGACUUGCGUGAGUAG